CGUUCUAUGACGCGGGAGUAACCACGACUAUAAGGAUCAGGAGCCGGGAAGGGCUGGAGGACGCAGUGCUUGACCCCGAAUUUUGGGAAUUGAACGGAGAAUGGAAGCUGAAAGUGGAAAUCAAGAAAAGGCAAUGGAAGAAGAAAGCACUGAAAAGAAAAAGGAAGUAGAGAAAAAGAAACGGUCUCGGGUUAAACAGGUGCUUGCGGACAUUGCUAAGCAAGUAGACUUCUGGUUUGGGGACGCAAAUCUUCACAAGGAUAGAUUUCUUCGAGAACAGAUAGAAAAAUCUAGAGAUGGAUACGUUGAUAUAUCACUUCUCGUAUCUUUUAACAAAAUGAAAAAAUUAACCACUGAUGGGAAGUUAAUAGCCAGAGCUUUGAAAAGUUCAGCCGUUGUAGAGCUGGAUUUAGAAGGCACCAGAAUCAGGAGGAAAAAGCCUCUGGGUGAAAGACCAAAGGAUGAGGAUGAGCGGACGGUGUACGUGGAGUUACUUCCCAAAAACGUUAAUCACAGCUGGAUCGAAAGAGUAUUUGGUAAAUGUGGCAAUGUUGUUUACAUAAGUAUACCACAUUAUAAGUCUACUGGAGAUCCAAAGGGGUUUGCCUUUGUGGAAUUUGAAACAAAAGAACAAGCAGCAAAAGCUAUUGAGUUUCUUAACAACCCACCAGAAGAAGCACCAAGAAAACCUGGCAUAUUUCCUAAGACAGUAAAAAAUAAGCCCAUUCCAUCCUUAAGAGUAGCUGAAGAAAAGAAAAAGAAAAAGAAGAAGAAAGGCCGAAUGAAGAAGGAAGACAACGUCCAGGUGAAAGAGUUAAACAUGGACACAGGCAACGUGAGCGUUUGUAAGACGAAAAGAUCGAGAACCACAUCCGAGGGCUCCGAAACAGAAACCACUGAACCCCAAAAUAAGCCAUCAAAGAAAAAGAAGAAACGAGAAAGAGUUGAAGUAUCAAGCUUACCUGAAGUCAGAACAGGGAAGCGAAAGAGAAGUAGCUCUGAAGAUGCAGAAUGCCCAACUCCCAGAUCAAAAGUAAAGAAAACGGCUCAGAAAGACACCAUUAAAAAAGAAGCUUCAGAAGUUUCCAAAGAAAACAGAGAUUUAGAAGUCUCUACUGAAGAGGAAAAGGAUACUGGAGAUAUAAAAGAUGGUUCUCUCUUAAAAACAAAAAGGAAACAUAAGAAAAAACAUAAAGAGAGACAUAAAAUGGGAGAAGAGGUUAUACCAUUAAGAGUACUGUCAAAGAGCGAAUGGAUGGAUUUAAAAAAAGAGUAUUUAGCACUGCAAAAAGCUAGCAUGGCUUCUUUGAAAAAAACAAUAUCCCAAAUAAAAUCGGAGUCAGAAAUGGAAAAGCUGCACUAUCUAAUAUAA